AUGACUGAUGAAACGCUUGUCAUAAAUCUUGCAAAGAUUAAGUUUAAAGUUGAUAUUUGGUUAAUUGAUGUUAACAAGCCUAAUAACUAUCAAUAUGUUAUAUCUGAAAUUGAUCUCAAACGUGAAUACGAAUUAAAAAUUAGUAAUCAAACUGUAUGGGUUACUAGUGGAUUAGGUGUCAUUACUAGUGACUUACCAGAAGAUAAUGAACAGGCGGGAGUAAAGAAUCACAAUGCACAUUAUAGAUGUCGUAACUGUAUAAUUCAUCAUAGCGAAUUGGAUAACAUUAGUUUUGUUAUUGUGAGACAUAGUCAUUACUAUCACAAAACUAUAUUACAAUUUUCUACUAUAAGGAGCAUUCAGACUCAAGCACAACGUGAUUCACUUGCUAUACAAUAUAAUAUACGAGAAAAACCCCCUUGUAGUUUUAUCAAAGAAAUACUUCAAUCAACAUUUGAAAUCUUAUUCUCAAAAGAAGAGACUGAAUUUUUAAAAGUUUGGUACAAUUUUGAAUUUCCUCCAUAUUAG